AUGAAUCGCAUUGCUCCUGGAACAUCGGAGUUAUACAUCGCGAAUGCUGACGGCAGCAACGAGCGGAAGGUGCUGGGCAAUGAAUCGACAUUUGACUAUCAAGCCAGCUUCUCGCCUGACGGACAGUGGAUCACCUUCACCACCGAGCGUAACGGAGACGGAAACUCUGAUAUUUAUCGCGUGCGACCAGAUGGCACUGGCUUGGAGCAAAUCAUCGCCACUUCGUCCUACGAGGCCCAGGGCGUUCUCAGCCCGGACAGCAACAAGAUCGCAUACGUCUCUACCGCGAACAAUUACAAAGCGAAUGUGUGGAUCAAAGACCUCAAAACAGGCGAAGAGAAGAACCUCACCAACACAGCCUUGGUCGCAGGAAAUUCAAGCUUACCCGAAGGCUACUUCAGGCCUGCAUGGUCACCGGACGGCGAGUGGCUCGCUUUCUCAUCUGCCCGCAACACCCAAUGGCGCGGCCAUGGCAAUGGCACUGGCUGGGAACACACCCAGGAACUAUCGAUAUACAUUAUCCGCCCUGAUGGUAGCGGUUUCAGACAGCUUGCCACGAAAACCAACUACUGUUUGGGAUCGCCUAAGUUUUCUCCCGAUGGCAAGCGCGUGAUCUUUUACGAGAUCACCACCGAAGCUACUUGGGACUCUCAUCGUCCGGAGGCGGUCAGUGGCGUGACUGGGCAGCUUGUCUCGGUCGAUUUCGAGACUGGCCAAGAUAGAAUCGAGCACACGUCCGGCCCUGGGCUGAAAAUGAACCCGCAGUGGGUUACUAACGAUGUGGUCGGGUACCUGGUGAAGACUCCCGCUAACGAGGGUCUGAACUAUACAGCGUAUACGACCAUUGGUGACAGCACGAAUGGAAAUGGUACGUACUCCCAAGUUAAGGCAUCACUACGCUCGCCAUCGUGGUCACCCGAUGGCACACAGGUAGUGUAUGAGAAAGUGGACUUCAAAGCCGUACGACCAAUGGGUAAGCAGCUGUACAGCUGGGACGCCGAUUGGGAGUAUCGCUUUACGGACGUCUUCCCCCAGCUAUCUCUCCAAGGCCGCCUCGCUAUCACACAGAAGCAGCUCGGUAACUCUAGCGUUGUCACAAUGAAGCUCGAUGCUACGGACUUAGUGGAUGCCUUCGACGUCUACGAUCACUUGAACGAUACCUCAUCCAUUGGUAAAGGUCUGACAGGUGCCUUUCAGCCAUCCUGGUCACCCGACGGCCGUUCUCUCGUGGUCGGGCUGGGAUCAUGGUUCCAAUCUCGUGCCACGGGGACCGGCGUGUUAUGGCAGUUCAGUGCCAAUGGUUCUGCCGCCGAGCAGCUCACCCUCGAAAACGAAGCCAACAGUGGCUUCCCCAGCUACGCGCCCGACGGCAAAUCCAUUGUGUACCGCGUUUUUGGCAAGGAAUACGGUCUUCGAAUCAUGGAUCUUGCCACCCGCUCUGUUCGCAUCCUCACAAACGGCACUGCAGACGUCUACGACAACACACCCAUGUGGUCGCCGGACGGCGAACGCAUUGUCUUUGCGCGCCGUCGCUCCUACACCAACUUCGACGUUGCGACUAUCCGACCUGACGGCACCGACUUGCGAAUCUUGACAAGUAGCGGCGGUAACGACGCACACGCUGUUUGGAGCCACGACGGAAGAAUAAUGUAUAGCACGGCCGAGUACGGGUUCCGCGAUGAGUGCGCAACUUAUGAUCAGACAUUUCAGCCGUACGGACAGAUUGCGAUCAUGGAUGCGGAUGGGCAGAACAAGAGAUUGGUUACAGAUUCGAUGUGGGAGGAUUCUAUGCCCCUUUUUGUGGGCAAUGAAUUCUUAGGAUAGAAUCAGUCGGACAUUGACGAAAAGUGUGGUAAGCGCGACCAAUGCGCGAUUCGCAUCCCGUCACUGGCCUAGGAAGUGAAACAAGAUCAAGUGUAGUGAGAUGAAGAUAAUUUUGGGUCUGUCGAAUUGAUAAUCACUAUAGUGCCUGGUCAACAACUAUAGUUCUGUGUCACCCCAGAUGGGCAUUGCAGCACCCGGACAUUUGAAAGCUACCGGAAAAAGAAAUACCGGUUCUCAUACGUUCGUGCCCUCAUUGGAGGAGCGACACAGCCUUGUGUAUCGAUAGAAUGGCGUCACUUUAGGGUAGAACAGGUUGC